CUAAGGCAAUAGGACGGCGCAUCUCGCCGCGGUGAGGAGCUGGCGCCGAGCUCUUGCUGCGCGCAGCCCAAGUUCAACCGGGGCUUCUCGUCUCCAACGCACACGCCUCCUUUCCCCUCCUCGGCUGGGCGGCGCUCGAUUCCUCCCCCCCGUUGUCCUCUGGCGGCUGGCCCCGAACUGACACACGCCGAGCAGAUGUGAACGAGCCUGGCUGGAGACCCGCCGCAGCCGCUCCACAGCCAGCUCGUUAGCAACCCUGUCCCGCCGCUCCGCCCCGCCAGGUCCCAGCGGGAGAAAUAUGUGGCAGCCGGCAACGGAGAGAUUGCAGAGGUGCCUACCGUAGAUACUCCUCUCACUUCGUUGUUCUCCACAUCCACAAUUCCGGGAGAUAUGGCUGAAGCCCUAAAGACGGAGGACAAGAAGUUUGAGUUUUCUCUCCGCAGAGCGCACCAGGCCUCAGCAUGGGCGAUCAAGGUGGCAACGUCUUUGUCCUUUUUCGCAAGGGCGUCCAUUAUGUGGCUUGGCGAACUACAGUCCCUGAUUCCGUCUGACCAGCAUUUUCAGACCAUGUUGAAGACUAAGCUAAAUGUCUUAACUCUUCGGAAGGAACCACUUCCCACUGUAAUCUUCCAUGAGCCAGAAGCCAUUGAGUUGUGCACCACAACUCCAUUAAUGAAGACUCGGACACAUGCUGGAUGCAAGGUUACAUACUUGGGAAAAGUUUCUACAACAGGGAUGCAGUUUUUGUCCGGUUGCACAGAGAAGCCAGUAAUUGAAUUGUGGAAGAAGCACACCCUUGCUAGAGAGGACAUCUUCCCAGCUAAUGCCCUCCUAGAAAUCCGCCCUUUCCAAGUUUGGCUUCAUCAUCUGGACCUCAAAGGAGAAGCCACUAUUCACAUGGAUACCUUUCAGGUUGCUCGUAUUGCUUACUGCACUGCUGAUCACCAUGUGAGCCCAAAUAUUUUUGCUUGGAUAUAUCGGGAAAUCAAUGAUGAUUUGUCCUAUCAGAUGGACUGUCAUGCUGUAGAAUGUGAGAGCAAGCUAGAGGCCAAGAAGUUAGCUCAUGCUAUGAUGGAGGCCUUUAAGAAAACUUUCCAUAGCAUGAAAAGUGAUGGCCGGAUCCACAGGAAUAGCUCCUCCGAAGAAAUGUCUCAAGAAUUAGAAUCUGAUGAUGGCUGAAUUUCAGUUUUUUUGAUGGUUAAGCAUCAGCAAAAAUGGCCCUGGGAACAUAAACAUAUAUAUAAAAUAAAUGAACAACCAUUCAAUUUGGAAAAGAUGAAUUUCCAAAAUUUCUCUAAUCACCUUUUUUCAUUUUUUUUAAAAAAGCAAUUCAGAAAAUUUCCUGAAAAUAUGCUUCUUUAUUAUAAUUACAUAACAUUGAAAUCUGCUGCUGGAUUUUGUUUUGCUUUUUUUUGUUUGUUUUUGUUUCAAUGUGAUAAAAUUUCUUGUUUAGUCAUUUGUCCAUUUCACGUUUCAAACUUAUUUUAAGCUUUGGAAUUCAAGUUCUUGUCUUAUGGUUUGUAAAUUAUUUCAAUUUCCUUGUUGAAAUUCACUGAGCAGAUUUAACAAUGAGAUCUUUCAGAGUUUGUUGUUAGCACAUACUCCAUCUUCUACAGACAAAGAGAAUACAAUUUGAGGAUCAUCUGCUCUCUUUUUUACCACUUCCCGGGCUGAAAUUUCUACCUGCAGUUUGACAGCCUAACAAUUAAUCCACAUUUCAUGGUUUGAGUAUUGACAUAUGCUUAACAUUUACAAGUUAUAAUCAUAUGCUAUAUUUUAUUUUAUUCAUUUAAGCUUUUAAAAUGUACUUUCAGUCACAUAUUUC